AUGUCUUUGAAGAAUUCAACUUAUUCCACGCGCAACAUUAGAUACUUACGCAUAUCGGAGAAGCAGGUGCUACCAUUGAUACUUUAUCUAAAGCCAGAACAUAUUAAUUGGUUCAAUGAUAUUAUAUUUCAAGAAGUUUUAUCAGCGUUACAAAAAUUAAUACCAAAAAAGUUUUCUCGAGAAAAGAAGAAAUUUGGGUCUGAUAUUUAUCGUGAAACAAGGUUUCAAUUUGCGUAUUAUUUCAAAUAUACAGAUGUGAGACAUUCUGUGCUGGAGAAGAAUAAAAAAUAUAUAUUUCCGUCCGAAAAGUCAACAUUAUCCGAAGAGGAUGAAUCUUCUCAAAAUUUACAUGACAGCUUUACAAAUGAAAAGGAGGAAGAUGAAAAACCCACUUUGCAAGUAACUUAUAAAGGAUUCAAUAUAUUUUAUAAAUCAUUAAUAGUUAUAGUGGAACCACCUGGACAAAUCAUUGAGUUUGGAGACAAUGUAAAAGUUGCUAGUGCAAUGACCAUUGAUGAUUAUCUUGGGCAAAAUGAUUCUGAUACAGAUGUUGGGUCUAAUAAUGACGAUUAA